AUGAAAGUGAGCUUUAAUCAACACCUCGGAAUAUAUAUUACAUGUUCAGCACUUUGGAACAAUUACUCGGAAAAAGCAGACCGAGUCUAUAAGCUGAAGAAAAAGUGUGUACAAGGUUCAAUAGCUAUAUUUGUGUCACCUACUAAAGCUAUCCGAAUUGGCGCGAUCAUAACAUGCUUUUCUGCAAGUAUUGCCACUACCGGCCAAUAUUUUGGAACAUCCAUCAAUUCUAAUCUAAAAAGAGCAAAGGAAUCCAAACUUGCAAUAGUGUGUAAUAGUAGCGACGGAAACAUUUUAUAUCAAGGAGACUCAGCGGAUGAGGAGUGGAAGUUACAAGAAAAUCGAGAAAAUAAUGUUUAUGUGCGUAACGUCUUCCUGGAACUUGGAAUGAAUUUUUUGAAUACUCAAGACGGCGAGUCUAACAAAAACGAUAUACAUCACAAAGCUGCAGUCCAGGGCAUUAUACGUGCUUUAGAAGAGGAGAUAGAACAUUGGGAGAAGAAGUUAAACAGUUCGAGGACACAGUUCCAAUAUGUAUUCAAUGUACCAACUCAUUGGGAUUACGCGAUAAGAGAAGAACUCAUUCGGCCUAUAUUUAUCCAAGCCGCAUUCAUCGACAAACAUGAUCAUGGUCGAUUAAUUUUUUUCACUCGGCUCGAAUCAACAUUUCGCUUCAUUCAAUCGGAAGACAAGUCAUUUGAAAAAACUUAUUUACAGCUCGAUACCCUUCAUUUACGUCAGUCGAAAAUAACUAUGUUCCACAAGCAUUAA